ACUAAGAACGGGCCCCUAUCUUCUAUGCGACUGUGCUGGAUCCAGACCACCCACCGGCAUAGAGUGUGUGGAUGUGAGAGAGCCUGGGGCAGCAUGAUCGUCCUAUGCUUCUCUCGUCUUCUUCCCCAAACCCCACCGCCACCGCGCGCCACCUUUUCCCGGCCGGCGCGUCUUGUUCACCGCCUCAUCCAGAUCCGGCCACCACCGUCGCGGCUCCCUCCGGUCCUCGCUUUCACAUCCGUCCGCCGACCCUCUCGCUCCUCAGCCCAAAAAAACGACGGCUCAUCCGAAACCCUAGAGGAGGAGGAUGCAGCGGCGGGUGAGGAGACUUCUGGAAAGAAGACAGAGAGUGCGGAGCAAACAGAGCAGCUCAAGGAGAUGAUGGAGGCGAGGAGGAAGAAGUCGUCGUCGGCGCCGGAUCUGUGGGGAGGGGUGGCGGAGGAGGUGAGGGAGAUCGAGUGGCCAGCGUUUGGGAGGGUCCUAGGCACCACCGGCGUCGUCCUAGCCGUCAUCGCCGGCUCCAGCAUCGCUCUUCUCACCGUCAACGCCAUCCUCGCCGAGAUAUCCGACAGCUUCUUCGCCGGCAAGGGCGUCCAAGACUUCUUCUGAUAAUAUUACUCGGUGUUCCUUUUCACCCUCCCCUCUUCUUUCAUCCUUCAAUUUCUCAUGUGUAUUAUUAUUUUUCCCUAUGAAUUUCCGAUCGUACGGAUAAUUUGAUCCUGUCUUCUUAUUAAUAUGAAAUAUUAUAUCUUUCACAA